AUAAAUCCCGGAAGUGCUGCUUCACCAGUAAGCAGUGCGCAGACCGUCCCAUGCACACUUUUGUGCCCAUUGAAUUGCUUUCAUGUUUCAGUUUUAUCGCACGGUUACAUAAAACCCACAGCAAGGCACCAUGGCAGCAUUACAAUACGCAGGUUUGGAUGAUACUGACAGUGAGGACGAGUUGCCAUCUGGCUGGGAAGAAAGAACCACAAAGGAUGGAUGGGUUUACUAUGCAAACCAUGAGGAGCUGAAGACCCAAUGGGAACAUCCUAAAACUGGAAAAAGGAGACGGGUGGCAGGAGAUUUACCAUAUGGAUGGGAACAGGAAACUGAUGACAGUGGCCAAGUGUUUUUUGUUAAUCACAUAAACAAGAGAACCACCUACCUUGACCCGAGACUGGCCUUCACUGUGGAGGACUGUCCGGAGAAGCCCAGCAGCAGACAGCGGUAUGAUGGGAACAGCUCCGCCAUGGAGAUCCUGCAGGGCCGAGACCUUACAGGAAAGGUCAUCAUUGUCACCGGAGCCAACUCUGGAAUUGGUUUUGAGGCAGCGAAGUCCUUUGCCCUUCAUGGAGCCCACGUUAUCCUGGCCUGUAGGAACAGAACUCGAGCAGGUGAAGCGACCCGCCUGAUCCUGGAGGAGUGGCACAAAGCCAAGGUGGAAGCCAUGACCCUUGACCUUGCUUCUCUUCGCAGUGUGCAGGAGUUUGCAGAGGCAUUCAAGUCCAAAAAUCUGCCUCUGCACAUGCUCAUCUGUAAUGCGGCUCUGCUGGCUCAGCCAUGGCACCUGACAGAAGACGGCCUGGAGUCCACCUUCCAGGUUUGCCACCUGGGCCAUUUCUACCUGGUCCAGCUGCUGCAGGAAGUGCUACGUCGCUCUGCUCCUGCCAGGGUUAUUGUCGUGUCCUCGGAAUCACACAGGUUUACCAAUAUUGUGGACUCCAGUGGUAAAGUGAACCUCAACCUUCUCUCUCCUCCAAAGAAGGAGUACUGGUCCAUGCUGGCUUACAAUCGUGCCAAACUGUGCAACAUCCUGUUCUCUAAUGAGCUGAACCGUCGUCUGUCCCCUCAUGGCGUCACCUCCAAUGCACUGCACCCUGGGAAUGUCAUGUACACCUCCAUUCAUCGCAGCUGGUGGCUCCUCAGCAUCGUGUUCUACUUGUCCCGGCCAUUCACAAAGUCCAUGCAACAAGGGGCAGCCACUACUGUCUACUGCACCAUUACCCCCGAACUGGAAGGCCUGGGAGGGAUGUAUUUCAACAACUGCUACCGCUGCCUGCCCUCGCAGGAAGCCCAGAACGAAGGAACGGCCGCGUCCCUGUGGGAGCUGAGUGAAAGGCUGAUCCAUGAGCGAGCUGGCAGGCAGUCCCUUUAACCUGGGGAGGGUUGAGGGAGUGAGGAAACAUGCUGGAGAGCAAGAAAAAUAUUCCAGAAAAUAUAAAUAAAAAUAAAAAAUAAAUAAAAUAAAAUAACCUAGCCCAAGUCUGUGCCGUGCUCUAGCUGCACAAGAAAACUGCCAACCCUGGAUCUCUUCCAGCCACAACAUCUAGAGGAUUUCCAUAUACCUCAGAUACAGAUUAAAUAGUGUUAAGUGAAACAACUGCAGUCACAACACAGUGAAAAUGUUAAGUGCUGAUGGGAAAUAGGGAAUACAGCAGGUUAAAAGGGACAGUAUCUAUCUCCCUCUCUCUCUCGCUGCGUCUCCGGAGCCUGCAGACUGGUAAUCUGGGCCUGGAAAGCUACAUGUGCCCCCAUUACUGUUAAACAAUGUUAUAGUUUGGAGGGGAGCAGGGUAUAUGAUAUAAAUAUAUCCUUAUACUGCAAACCUGUAAAGCAGCAGCAGAGUUCCUAAACGCAGUUCUACAUGCUUUGAUUAAUGCCAAACACUUGUAACGACUGUUACUUGAAGCAUUUAACCCUUAUAGAGCAAGCCUGACAACCACUAUCCUGUAUGCUUCAAACUAGAAAAAAACCCUUCUGCAAUACUAGGUACAUAUUGAGAUUAUCUAUAUUGUCCUUGGGUAACAUUCUAGGCACU